CCGCACGUUCUUCUCCCUCCCCCCACAUUGGGACUUUACGAAAUUGGGAAGCAAGAUUUUGGUACAUUUUUUGUGGCCGACGAACUUUCUUGACCACCAGAUCUAAACCACUUUGACCAGUUGACCAGUUGACCUGUUAACCUCACCUACCCUGACCUUAUGUGACCUAAUACUGACCUUGUAGUCUUUCUUUCAAAGUACCUGAAUUACAUAUUAGGUAUCUAAUUUGUACCUACCCAGCCUACGCUGUCAGUCACCCGAGCAAACUACCGUCCGUAUCCGAGCCCUUUCCCGACGAUUGACGGCUCACACAUCUUUUUCCCUCCUUCGUUUACCUUGAAGCUGUGUCCGAAGACGAACUUUUAGCUGGAAUGUGAAGCAGCCUUGGUCCGAAGCCGCCCUCGACGCGAGAGACGGCCUCCCCCCCUCGAGCCUAGGGAAACCGGACAACGUGCAGAUCAUCCAGCUAGUAUGGCGCCCAGCUCGGGGCAUAUGCCCCAUUCCUCUAAUGGUUCGUCGUCGGGCGAGCGACAGUACAACGGUGCAAACGGGAAAGCUGCGGCCGUAGCAGCCAGGCAUGAGAGAACACCAAAUACUCCGAGGAGGGAGAAUGGCGGCCGUGAUAGAGCUUUGCAAGAUCCGGGCCUAAGGGACUAUCGUCUAGGAGAAUGUCUUGGUAAAGGAGCGUUCGGCGCUGUCUACAAAGCAAUUCAUUGGGGCACUGGUGAAGCUGUUGCCGUCAAGCAGAUCAAAUUAGUGAAUUUGCCUAAGAGCGAGCUACGAAUGAUUGAGGCCGAAAUCGAUCUCUUGAAGAACCUAAAUCACGACAAUAUCGUCAAGUAUAUCGGGUUUGUGAAAUCAGUAGACUGUCUCAACAUCAUUCUCGAGUACUGCGAGAAUGGCUCCCUACAUUCGAUAUGCAAGGCAUACGGGAAAUUUCCAGAAAACCUAGUUGGUGUCUACAUGACCCAAGUUCUCCAAGGUCUUCAGUAUCUACACGAUCAGGGUGUAAUACAUAGAGAUAUCAAAGGAGCGAAUAUCUUGACAACCAAGGAUGGCAAGGUAAAGCUUGCAGAUUUUGGUGUGUCGACCAGCACUCUUGCCGGCCCCGACAAGGAGGCACAGGUUGUAGGAACUCCAUAUUGGAUGGCGCCUGAGAUAAUUGAACUGUCUGGUGCCACGCCGGCAUCUGAUAUUUGGAGCUUGGGCUGCACCGUUAUUGAGUUAUUAGCUGGCAAACCUCCAUAUCACCACCUACAAGCAAUGCCCGCUUUAUUCGCUAUCGUUAACGAUGACCAUCCACCGUUGCCCGAAGGUGUAUCUUCGGCUGCGCGCGACUUUCUCAUACAAUGUUUCCAAAAAGAUCCCAAUCUACGAGUAUCUGCAAGGAAAUUAUUAAAACACAAUUGGAUUGUAGGAUGUCGACGAAGUGAUGCGCCGGUAGCCAAAGCACCAGGAAAUUUCAGUCAAGCUGUUGAGGAAGUCAAACAGUGGAACAGAGCCUUAACCUCUUCUGAUACUAACCUCAGGGCUUCAGGAGGCUCAGAUUCUGCAUUUCCUUUACACUACGGUUAUCAACCUUCACGAUUUGCAUCUCAAGAACCAUCUAGGUCCAAUAUGCCAACCCCAGCCAAAGGUCCUUUCGCACUGGGAAAACCCAGACCCACAGCCGAGGAUUUUCGGUCUCCCGAACUUGCAGAUGAUGAUAAUUGGGAUGACGAUUUUGCAACUGCAAUCUCACCAAGCGCCUUAAGACUUCCUCAUGUCAAACCCCAGGAUCACUUCGGCGGCAUGCUCUCAGCUGAUCGUUUGAAAGCAUUCGCGUCCAUCGAUAAUUCGCGGGACAUUUCUGCUAGUUGGGGCAAUGAUCUAGAUAGCGAGCUUUUAACGAUAAAAAAGCUGCAACCAGUUCAAGACGAAGAUCCUCAAGAAAAGACGAUCCGACCUAAUUGGAACAUCGCACCAAAACCCGACAAGACAGUUGAACCAAAGCUGCAAACAUCAAGAUUAUCACCGCGCAAGAGAUCAGGAAGCGCUCACCGGCGACAAAAAUCACAAACCAAGAUUCAGCUUGGCAACAGGUUUGAGUUACCAUCACGGCCUGAUGUGGCAUUUAGAGAACAAUCAGUGGAGGACUACUCUGACCUUUUUGAUGAUAACGAUAGUGUUUUCAGCCAACGAUUAGGCUUGAACAAAAAGCCUGAUACACCCCAACUUUUCCAUCCGUCAGAUUUGACCAGUUUACCAAGGUCUAUGCAGUCGCCCGUGACAGGAAGCAUAAGAAGACAACCAUCAGCGAGACCGUCAGCUCUUCCUGACCGGCCACUACAAAGGUCGAAAUCAUCUAUUGAGAUUCAAAAGUUUGCUGAGGACGAAGAAGACGAGGACUUCUCUGACAUAUUUGGACUGGGCGAUAACCUAGCAGAGAAAGAAGAGAGCGACCGAGGGUCAGAAGACGGAAAUCUCAUGGUUCUAUCUCGGCUGUCUAACAAUUCCUGGCUCGGAGAUGAUGAAGACGAAGACGACCCAUUCGCUUCAAUGGACCCAGAUUGGGACGAGAUGGAUCUAGAAGCGAACAUUGCGCGUGAUCGCCAUGCACGGCUUGCCGAGAAGAUUGAAGAGUUGGUUCGGUCACUCAAGUGGACUGAGGGCGAUGACAAACUCCUCGAACUUUCAGAGGAUCUGCUUGGCCUGCUCUGGGAGAAUACUGAAGUCAAGAAUCUUAUCAUCAGCGCUCAUGGAUUACUUCCCAUCCUCGAAUUAUUGGAGCCUUGUACGGUCAAAAGCCGACACCAAAUGAUCUUGCAGCUACUGCAGGUCGUUAAUACGAUCAUUCUCGAUGAUGUGGAGAUCCAAGAAAACUUAUGUUUCGUCGGUGGUAUCCCCAUUAUUACCAAGUUCGCAGCUCGACAAUUCUCAAAUGAAAUAAGACUUGAGGCCGCGGCUUUUGUCAGACAGAUGUACCAAACCUCAACACUGACACUACAGAUGUUCGUCAGCGCUGGUGGUUUGAAUGUUCUUGUCGAGUUUUUAGACGAAGACUAUGACAGUGCAAGAGACCUAGUACUCAUCGGCGUGAAUGGUAUCUGGAACGUCUUUGAACUUCAGGGCCCUACCCCGAAGAAUGAUUUCUGCCGAAUAUUUUCAAGAAGCAAAAUUCUCGAUCCUCUAGCUCUUGUCCUCCACCGCGUCCUGGACGAAGACGUUGAGAAUGAGUUGACGGAAUUGAUCGAGGGCCGCAUUGUCAACAUCUUCUAUUUAUUCUCACAAGCUGAGAAUUAUGUGAAAGAGAUGGUGGCUGACCGACAAGUAUUGAAGAGCGUUCUGAAAGACCUCCGGCGAAUGACUCCCGCACAUCAAAUCACAAUGCUGAAGUUCAUUAAAAACAUUUCGAUGCUGUCAACCACCCUCGACGCCCUUCACUCUGCAGAUGCGAUAGACCUCCUCAUUGAACUGCUCAAUAGUAGCAUGAAAAAGGAACAUCCCCAUUUUCGUGAGAUUUCCAACCAAGUACUCAAUACGAUGUUCAACCUUUGCCGUUUGAGCAAAGACCGCCAAGAAUAUGCCGCUAUCAAUGGAAUUAUCCCACUUCUCAUGAAAAUUAUGAACACAGAGAGACCUCCAAAGGAGUUUGCCCUCCCCAUCCUUUGUGACAUGGCUCAUUCGGGAAGCAAAGGACGUCGAUUCUUGUGGCAAAAUAAAGGUCUCGGUUUCUACGUCUCGCUCUUAGCAGACCAAUACUGGCAGGUCACUGCGCUGGAUGCCAUCUUCGUCUGGCUACAAGAGGAGACCGCAAAGGUGGAGGAGCACCUCCUAAAUGGCAAUUUCACAGAUGCCAUCAUAUCGUGUUUCAAUGCUCAGAAAAUAAACGCCUUUGAUCUGAACCUCUUAGAACCAUUGUUGAAACUCCUUCGACUCUCCCCGGCGUUAGCCGCAACCCUAGCGAAACCAGAGAUGUAUAAUGGCAUUGCGCAAAAACUAUCGCAUAAGAAGGCUGUUGUCCGAUUGAACCUCCUUCGGCUUGUUCGAAACAUCCUCGAGGCUCGACAGAUCGAUUACUUCAACAAUCAUAAAGACAAGCAGCUACGGUUAUUGUUCGAAGGCAUCAGAGUCCUUGCCGAGAAAGAUUCUGCCGUUCUCGUCCGAAAUCUGGCGUCGGACCUCGUCAUGUCUCAUAUAGAUGGCAGUUCCGAUCAAUUCGCAAUACCGUUCUCAGCGCCACCAUCCUCAUCAACGGCGUCUAGCCGCCCGCGAUCUGGAAGGCGUAUAUAUACUCCACCUUCUCUUCAAUCAUCUGUGUCCAUACCCAUCACUCCGACACACGCUACUCGGCCGUUCCAGUCAUCAGCAUACAUAGAGGUGGCAGCAAGCCCAAGGCGUUCAGCCGUGUCACUUGCGCAAGAGCGCGACGCUUUAUCUUACCGGCCCAGAAGUAGAGACAGUGGCUCUGGGAUACCGGUUAGCUCUCCCCGUCGACCAAGUACUGAUACACAGGGCAGUGGCUCGAAAUCUGGUAAGAGCAGACUACCGAGAAACUCGGGCCUAUAUAACUCUAGACCUAGUUUGAGCGCUGCCGCCUCCAUUUACCGCACUGAGAGUAUGGGUUCGAAUAAGGAGAACACAACCAACGCUGCGGAAGAUGUCACGCGACACUCGAAUAGAUCUUCGCCGCCAAUGACAGCCGGAACGUCUGGCACUCCGCCAGUACCGGCAUCGACAAAGCAGAAAAGAACCCGCGCACCGAGCGAUGUCAAGCAGAAAUGGAGCGCGUAGUGGCGCUUCGUGGUCUGGUAGCAACUGAAAUAUGCUACAUGGGUGAAGGCCAAUUAAAUCAACUAGAAAUACUCGACAAGAAGAAAUAUUUCCCUUUAAUAAGUUCAUGAAUGAACUAACCUAGAAGCCAACAGUCUCCAGCAUGAUGGCGGAAUGAGGAAUGAGAGACUAGUCUAGAGUUGCAUUUGCUCUCUGGGACAUUUCGUCCUGUAUCGGCUAGAAGAUUAGUUGACUUGCAUGGAUGUCAUGAGAGCCAUGGCAUUGAACUUGAGGUUACGAAUGUUGACGCAGGAGACUAACGAUCGGCUAUGCUCCUCGGGAGACGGCCACGCACGCGUAUGGUCAAGUGGCCAUGUGUUGACGAGGGAUGAAAUGAGACGAGAUGAGGCAACGCGAUAUGAUAGACAGUUCUGUUUCAUGGCAGUGACGGUGAUGAAGAGUGACCUACUGCAGAAAGUAUAUCCGGCGUUCAGCAUUAAAUAGUACUUUAUUGCUUAGUACGCUCGUAUAUGUACUUAGGUUCGGGGUAAUUGUACACGAACUGGUUAUAGAUUCUGGGCGAAUAAUAGGCGUUGAUAUAUGCCUUAAUACAUUUUAUUCAUUGUGAA